AUGACGUGCGUCAUCUCGCUGGGGUGCCAGGUGCGGCGAGAGAGAGACAGCGACCCGAUCAAGACCGAACUCAUGAUGCGACGGGGCCAGCUCCUAGUCCGUUUCGCGAGGGAGGGUCGACUGCGGGACAUGGACCAAGUCUCAAGAAGCUGUCCUCGUGGGGAAAUGCUCGCGUGGUUCACGGUGCGAAUGUUCAAGGAGGCGUGCGCGCACAACCACUUGCAAACGAUGAGAUUCAUGGUCGAUCAUGGUCUUGAUGUCGAAUUCCACGCCGUGCUGGAGGCCGUGCACUGGUUGGUCGACGGUUGCGACGAAGAGCAAGACGGAAUCGACGUUGUUCCGGCGAUUGACUUCCUGGUGACGGAGGCGGGUAUGCCCCCGGAUGUGCAGAGAAAGUCGGACUUCCGCACCCCGCUGCACGUGGCUGUUCGAAGAGGGCUCUUCGAGGCAGCUCGGCGGCUGAUCGAGCUUGGAGCAGACGUCAACGCCGUCGCAAAGAUGGCUCCCCUAGGCAAUGCCAAGGGCGACGUGAUGCCUCUGACUCUCGCGGAAGAACCGGCAGAAACGGACGGGUUCCGCGCGACCGACGACACCUCGCCGGAAGCAGGUGACGACGUCGCCACCAAAGGGAAGGCGGCCGAGAUCGCGGCGGGAGCGGCAGCAGUGAACCGCUACCACCUCACCCGUAACGACGGUGCCCGGGACGAGCAGGGGGUGAGAGAGGAGGAUCACGACGUAGAGAGGAUGUCACUGGCCGCCGAGAGGGGACGACAGUGCGGGGAAGAGACUUCGCACGUCGGCGGCGUUGGUGCACGCUCGCCUUCUCCGUCGUCUCGUUCCCUGUGCCGCCGCCGCUGGUCGCGGGUGAUGGCGAGCCGUGCGCGCAUUUGCGAGAUUCUGGUGGAAAGGGGGGCCAGGAGGGGCUGGAGGAGGGCCCCGAGCGAGGAGCAGGUUGCGCUGGACAAGAAGUACGCCGUGCUGCUGGAAGGCGACGACGGCCGCAACUUUUGCACGUUCAGCGGCUGA